UCACUGUCAAAUAGUCAAUUUUCUGGAAAAUUGACCACGACUAUUGACACGCUUGCGUGCUAUUUUUACAAGAAACUCUAGAUUUAACGGACCUCUUAAGCUGCUUAUAUAAUAAAAUUGUUGUGAGAAACUACCUGAGAAAAGAAAAACUGCGAAAAUGAGUACUAUUUUGGAAAAAAUCGCCGCUAUAGAGGCCGAGAUGGCCCGAACGCAAAAAAAUAAAGCUACAGCGCUUCAUUUAGGUAUAUUAAAAGCUCGGUUAGCUAAAUUGAGACGAGAACUUAUCACUCCUAAAGGUGGCGGCGGCGCUACUGGCGAAGGUUUCGACGUUGCCAAAACUGGUGAUGCCCGCAUUGGGUUUGUGGGUUUCCCAUCAGUGGGCAAGUCGACCCUGCUCUCGAACCUGGCUGGGGUGUACUCUGAAGUGGCCGCAUAUGAGUUCACAACCCUCACAACUGUGCCGGGUUGUAUCAAAUAUAAGGGGGCUAAAAUUCAGUUACUUGACUUGCCUGGUAUUAUUGAAGGAGCUAAAGACGGCAAGGGUCGAGGUCGUCAAGUGAUAGCAGUCGCUCGAACCUGCAGUCUGAUAUUCAUCGUAUUGGACGUGCUGAAACCGUUACAACACAAGAAACUUCUGGAACACGAGCUGGAAGGCUUCGGGUUGCGGUUAAACAAACAACCACCUAACAUACACUUCAGGAAAAAAGACAAGGGUGGCAUCAAUUUAAAUACUACAUGUCCGCAAUCCGAGUUAGACUUGGAGGCAGUGAAGACGAUCCUGUCGGAGUACAAGAUCCACAACGCGGACAUCACGCUGCGGUACGACGCGACCAGCGACGACCUCAUCGACGUCAUCGAGGGCAACAGGAUAUACGUACCGUGCAUCUACCUGCUCAAUAAGAUUGAUCAAAUCAGCAUAGAAGAAUUGGACGUGAUCUACAAGAUUCCCCACUGCGUUCCAAUCUCGGCCCAUCACAAGUGGAACUUCGAUGACUUGUUGGAGAAGAUGUGGGAAUACCUCAAACUGAUCAGGAUAUACACCAAGCCUAAGGGCCAGCUACCUGAUUACAAUUCCCCGGUGGUCUUGCAUGCGGACAGAACUAGUCUUGAAGACUUCUGCAACAAACUGCAUCGGUCUAUCGUUAAAGAGUUUAAAUAUGCUCUAGUUUGGGGAUCUUCUGUGAAACAUCAGCCACAGAAAGUGGGCAUAGAACACGUUUUGGCUGACGAGGACGUCGUGCAAAUCGUUAAAAAGGUCUAGGGUACGACGACGAACAGAAAACUAUAUUUUUGCAUCGAAAUAUAACAUCUCUGAAUAUAAACAAGGAUUAUAAUGAAUAAGCUUAUAAUACACAUUGCAAUACAACACAUAUUUACGAUAUACUAAAUUAAAUAAAAUAGUAGGCACGUCUAAACCAGCACAACGUCUUCAAUGGUAUUAAAAAAAAUAUUGGGUUGAUCUUCAAACACCGGAAGUCAAUUUCAGUACCGUAAGUUGGCUACAAACUAACGUAUUUAAGUUCUAACUGGAUAACAGCCUCUGUGGUCCAGUGGUUGAGCCUUGGGCUCACAAUCCAGACCCAGGUUCGAAUACCGGUGGGGACAUAUCACAAAAACCAAUUUGUGAUUCCUAGCUUGGUUAGGACAUUACAGGCUGAUCACAUGAUUGUCUGAAAGUAAGAUGAUCCGUGCUUCGGAAGGCACGUCAAGCCGUUGGUCCCGGUUACUAUUUACUGAUGUAAGUGAGAAGAAGUGAGAAGUGUAAGUGAGUCUUUGGCGGCUCAAUAAUAACCCUGACACUAGGGUUGAUGAGGUUGGUAAUUCACCUCACAAUCCACACGAUAGAACAACUAGAUAUUUGCAAAAAGACAACAUUCUGCGAUAUCGCGUUCACGGUACUUCUUGUCUACCGGUAUUCGUAGACCCACCCACUCACAUGUUUAUGGGACAACAAUUUAUUAUAAUCCUUGUUAUUAUGAGAAAAGUGUUAAGAGCAUCUGAAAAACAACUUUCAAUUAUACAAAAACUAAAAAAUAAAAACCUAUUGUUUAUUCAAAAAUAUAUAGGCAAUUAUUUUUCUCAAAUUAUUCAGAUGCUCGAAAGAUUGUUGUUAUUGUUGGAAUAAUACUUUAUUGAAAUUUGGUAAAUAUUUCAUUUCAUUUUUAUCCAGUUUUAUUUGUCAGUGAUUUGCAUUUAAUAAUUAAGUCUAACAUGUAUGUUUGCCCUUCUCUUGUGAAAAUCAUAAUAAUUUCAAUAAAAACAACUACUCAAGCUUAUUUAUUAAGAACUUAUGUAUUUUAUUUUUACAUUUGUGAUGCGACAGGUUUAUAAUUUUUUAUUAAUUUUGAAGCAAGACUUUUCAUAGUCAUGAACAAACUUAAAUUAUAUUUUUUGGUUGCCAGCUCGAUCAUGGACUGUGUGAAAUAUAAUAAUGUUUAGUAGUAUGUUUGGUCUUGCUUUAAUUGUUAAAAAUAAUUCAUGGGGUGAAAAUAUUACCAAUAUUUUCAUCGUACUGUACAGAAUACUAUAAUAAAAACUUUAAAAAUA